GUCGCUUUUGUAAGCGUCAGAGAACGCCAAAGUAGGCCACAGUUGUGAAUUUUGGCGAUUUUUCAUUAUUAUUGCUGUCCAAAUAAAAAAUUCUCAAAUUAUUGAAUCGGUUUUAAAGUGAAAUAUAAAUAUAAUUUUCAGACGUUUAAUAAACAAUUUAUUCACUUGGAGACAGGAAAAAACAUGUCGAAGCUCGCAGGUUAUGAUACUCACGAUGAUGGACCUGGUUUUGUCGGAAUACGAUUUUGUCAGGAAUGCAAUAACAUGUUGUAUCCUAAAGAAGACAAAGAAAAUAAAGUCCUCAUGUACGCAUGCAGAAACUGCGACUUCAAACAAUUGGCUGACAGUAAUUGUAUCUACGUGAACAAAAUUAUGCACGAAAUUGACGAACUUACUCAUAUUGUCGCUGAUGUAAUAUCGGACCCUACGUUACCGAGGACCGAAGAACAUCCAUGUCCAAAGUGUGGUCAUCGUGAAGCAGUUUUCUUCCAAGCACAGACCAGGAGAGCCGAGGAGGAAAUGAGGCUCUAUUACGUCUGUACAAAUCAACAUUGCACACACAGAUGGACAGAAUAAAUCAAGAUAUUUAAGCAAUAAGAACACCGAAUAUAGGAUUCUAGGGACCGUUCAAGUAUUAUGAAGCGAAAUCCCUCUCACUCCUCUAUUUAAAAGUUUUUCUCGAUUUCCUGUAGUUUUCCGCCACUUUAAUACUAAAUUAGGUCCCCACCCACCCACCCGACUGUAAAAGGCGCUACAUAACAUUUAAACGGUUCCCAAGUUUUAAUAAAAUACUUAUUUAGUUAAUAGAAAGAGAGGUUUUAUAAAUUUUAAGUAUAUAGUAUUGUAUAAAGAUGAUUCAGCAUUUUCGAAUAAAGUCGAGCAUCUAAUUUA